CUCCCCGCACGUGGCGGCGCGGCCGGCCCGGCCCGGCCCGGCCCCGCUCCGCUCCGCUCCGCCGCCAUGGCGGCCGUGCGCGUGGAGGAGCUGCUGGCCGCGGCGGAGGAGCAGGAGGCGGAGAAGCAGCGGAGCAUCGCGGUGCACAAGGAGCUGGAGCUGGAGUUCGACCUGGGCAACCUGCUGGCGCUGGACCGCAACCCGCCGGCGGCGGCGGGGCUGCGCGGCGCCGGCCCGCGGCGGGAGGCGCUGCUGCGGGCGCUGGCCCGCGACAACACGCAGCUGCUGGUGGCGCAGCUGUGGGCGCUGCCGGCGGAGCGCGCCGGCGGCGCGGCGGGGCCGCUGGUGGCGCAGCUGCCCGAGCCGGCCUUCCGCCUGCCGCGCGAGAAGCCGCCGCCGCGCGCGCGCCCGCCGACGCGCUGGGAGCAGUUCGCGCGGCUGAAGGGCAUCCGCCGGCGGAAGCGCGGCUCGCUGGUGUGGGACGAGCAGGCCAAGGAGUGGCGGCGGCGCUGGGGCUACCGGCGGGCGGGCGGCGACCCGGCCCGCGACUGGGUGGCGGAGGUGCCGGCGGGCGCCGACCCCGACGAGGACCAGUUCGCCAAGCGGCGGCGGGAGAAGCGCGAGCGUGUCGCGCGCAACGAGCUCAACCGCCUGCGCAACCUGGCGCGCGCCCACCGCGCCGGCGGGGCCGCGGCCGCCCCCGCCGCGCCGUUCCACCCCACGGGCCACCAGAGCCGCGCCGAGCUGGGCCGCGCCGCGCGCGCCGCCCGCCUCGCCACCGCCUCGCUCGGCCGCUUCCAGCCGCGGCUGCCCAAGGAGCCGGCGGAGCCGCCCCCCCGCGGCAGCAAGAAGCGCCGCUUCGCGCCGCUGCUCGGCGACCUGGCGGCCGAGCGGAGCCGGCAGCUGGAGCUGCUGCGCGGCAUGAGCAGCAAGAAGCCGCCCCUCGACAUCACCCGCGCCGUCAACAAGCAGCUCCGCGAGGAGGAUGCCGAGGCGGCCGCCGCCAAGGGCAAGAAGCGAGCGCAGCGGGGGAAGCGCGGCCGCCGGCAGCAGCAGCGGCCCGGCCGCGGUGGCAAGAAGAGCAGCAGCAAGCGGCAGCAGCGGCCCGCGGGUGGUGGUGGCAAGAGGAAGAAGGCGUGAGGUGCACCAGUGCCUGGCAGGACAGAACAGCCUUCAAGCCCUGUGGGGCAGAGCACAGCUCAGGCCUGGGGCUACCCGCUAAGGGGCAGAAAGGGACUGCCACUGCCAGCCUCCUGCCUAGUGCUCAGCUGCCAGUACUAUUUAUCAAUAAAUAUGCUCUGGUCUUUCUUAAA